AUUGUCCCUAUUCAUCCCUCUGAAUCGGACGGACAAUUGCGUCCUCCCUGGGACAAAGCCCCUCACGAGCCCUUCUCAUCCUCAGAUCCGGCUCCUUCACCCCGCUGGCCGGCGAGCGGCGAACUCCAGGUGCAGAGCGGGACAAGGCCCCUCGAGCGGUGAGUCCCCUUUCCCCUCUACUCUCCUCUUCCCCUCUGAUCUCCUCUUCCUCCUCCAUCCCUGGGCGUGGUGGCGACGUACCAGGCACCCGAGUUAUGCUCGUACUGCGGCGGUGUGGUGGUAGCAGCCGACGUGGAGAGCACGCCGCAGCUCUGCUUCGCAUCCGACGCUGCUUCUUCUGCUCCCUCUGCUCACGUCGCCUCGUGUCCCUCGCCUGAACAUCCACGCUGCACCUGGAGUUCCAGAUCCUGGGUGCCAUGUCCAUCCACGCUGCACCUAGAGUUCUAGAACUUGUAGUACUGUAGUCUAAUUGAUUUUUGGUGCUAGUCUGAUUGAUUUUUGGUGGACUGAUAUCACAAGUAGUACUGUAGUCUGUAGGUAGUAGGAUUGAUUCGCCACAACAUCAGUAGUACUGUAGUCUGUAGUGGAUUGAUUUGCCAUGUUAUAGGUUCAGAGAAUAAUGUCCGAUCUUCACAUGGAAAAAUAAGCUCAAUUAAGAAGAGCGAUAUUCCAUAUCUAAGAAAUGAAAUCGUAGAUUCAUGCGUACUAUAAUGUCUAUAAAACUAAAAAUAGGAAAAAGAUAAAAAUGUAUAACAAAAGUAUGAAAUAUAUAGGAGUAGAUAAAUUAAAUUAUAAAAAACUUAUAUUUUGAUAAAUGUUCAGCAGGGAAAAAAUGUUGAAUGUGUUUUAGGUACAAGUCCGAUGCAUACAUGCAGUUAACACUUAUAUUUUGUUAUUAUGGACAGUUUGCAUGAACACUUGAUUGUACACCUAUAUAUCAAUUCUACAUGAUUGUUGUUUGCUUGAGAUUAUUUCCCCAAAUAUUGAUAUGAUUCCAGAUUCAUCAUGACAUGCCAUAUGUUUUUUUUGGAUUUGAUGCUUACAUGUAGAUGGAUAAGAAGACCAAGGUUAUAGUUUGUGUUGCUGCUGCACAUAUAUUACUGUCAAUGAUGGCUAUGAUUAUUCAUUCUAGAAAAAGAAAACGAAAUGCAAGGAGGACUGGGAUUACCUAUGCACCAAUGCAUGAAAGGGAUAGAACUAGAAUUGAAUAUCUCAACACAAAGAUUUGGAGGGAUGACACAUGUAUAAACAUGAUUAGAAUGAAAAGGGCUUGUUUCUUUCACCUAACUAAACAUUUUAGAGAGCGUGGUUUACUUCAGGACACUAUCCAUAUGUGUGUUGAACAACAAGUGGCCAUGUUUCUAAAUACAGUUGGGCAUAACCUUAGAAAUAGGUUGAUUGGCACGAAUUUUGGUAGAUCUGGGGAAACAGUUAGUCGAUGUUUCAAUAAAGUUCUUCGUGCAAUUGGUGAGCUACGUGGGGAACUAAUUAGGCCACCUUCAUUGGACACUCCAACCAAAAUAGCAGGGAACUACAGAUGGGAUCCGUAUUUUAAGGAUUGUAUUGGAGCUAUUGAUGGUACACAUGUAAGAGCCACUGUUCCUAGAGAUAUGGAGCAUGCCUUUCGUGGUAGGAAGUCCUAUGCGACUCAAAAUGUAAUGGCGGCUGUAGAUUUUGAUCUACGCUUCACUUAUGUGUUGGCUGGUUGGGAGGGAACAGCUCAUGAUGCUAAUGUAUUACGAGAUGCUUUAGAACGUGUGGAUGGCCUUCGCGUUCCACAAGGUAAUAGUUUCACUUAUUUGCUUGUAAAUGACAAUGUUUAUGGAAUUAUGACCAUAAUAUAUAUAUAUAUAUUAUAUUAUCAUUGUAUUUUAGGUAAAUUCUACCUAGUUGAUGCGGGAUAUGGAGCAAAACCAGGAUUCUUGCCUCCUUUCCGUGGCGUGAGAUACCAUUUAAACGAAUGGGGCAAUAAUCCCGUACAGAACGAGAAAGAGUUGUUUAAUCUAAGGCACUCAUCUCUUCGCGUCACAGUUGAGCGUGCAUUCGGGUCAUUGAAGAGAAGAUUCAAGAUUUUAGAUGAUGCAUCUCCUUUCUUCCCUUUUCCAACACAAGUUGAUAUUGUUGUUGCUUGUUGUAUCAUUCAUAAUUGGGUCAUACAAGAUGGGAGUGAUGAGUUUAUUAUACAAGAUUCUAAUUGGCCUAGUAACAGUCAUGCUACAUCUUUAGUUGGCCAAGCAAGUGAGCAUGCUGCUAUGGUUGCUUUGAGGCAAGGAAUUGCAGACCAGAUGUGGACAGACCAUCAGAACUACAACGGAAACUAGUAUCUUGUAAUAUUUGUAAGAACCAUUUGUAAGGAUGCUAUGUUAUUGCAAGGAUGUAUUGGCUACUAUCUUUUAUUUGUAAGAACUAUUUGUAAGGAUGCUAUGUUAUUGUAAGGGCAUAUUGUUUGCUGAUUUUAAUGUUGCUAUGUCAUUGUAAGGAAGUAUUGUUUGCUAAUUUUAAUGUUGCUAUGUUAUUGUAAGGAAGUAUUGUUUGCUGAUUGGUAUGAUCCUGAAACUUGUAGGGAAGAAAUGGAAGCUGAAGGACAAGGCUUCACUAAUGGGCAUGCUACCUGGACAUCAGCAAUGUCCUCUUUCAUGUUGUCCUACCUUACCAAUGUGGUGUCAAGUGGCGAAAGGACAUCGUCUGGUUUUAAGAAAGUUCACUACAACAGUUGUGCAAAAGCUAUCAAUGAAAAGUUCCAAACUGCCCUCAAUGGCGAGCAGAUCAA